AUGAAUAACGAAAGGGUAACCUAUGCAGAACUGAGUUGGUCUAAGGACUCCAGGAGACAGCAAAGAAAACCUAAGGGCACUAAGAGUUCCAUUUCAGUAACUGAGCAGGAAAUAACCUAUGCAGGAUUAAAUCUUCAAACUGCUUCACACGAUCUUCAGGGGAAUGACAAGAACUACCACUGCAAAGAUUUUCCAUCACGUCCAGAGAAGCUCAUUGCUGGGAUGCUGGGAUUCAUCUGUGUUGUCUUGUUGUCCAGUGUGGUAACGAUAGCUGUUAUUCGUCCUACUGUAAUGCCAGAGCAGACUAAUUCCCCCUUGACAACAGGGAUCCAGGAAGCAUAUCAUUGUGGUCAUUGUCCAAAGGAGUGGUUUACAUAUUCCAACAACUGCUAUUACAUCAGCACUGAAAGAAAAACAUGGACUGAGAGUCAGACGGCCUGUGCUUCCAAGAACUCUAGCCUGCUUUAUAUAGAUAAUAAAGAAGAAGUGCAAUUUCUGAGUUCCAUAUCACCUGUAUCAUGGAUUGGAGUCUUCCGUAACAGCAGUGAUCAUCAAUGGAUGUUGAUAAAUGGUUCACCUUUCAAACUAAAGAUAACAGAAUCACUAUCAGUCAAUGAUGACUGUGCUGUGCUAUCCUUAUCUGGCCUCCAAUCAAGUGUUUGUGGGUCUCCAAAAAUGUAUCUUUGCAAGCGUAAAGUUUAG